CGCUCCAGAAUCGGCCCCCACGCCUCCCGUCAAGUUUAGCGUUUCUUGGUUCAGCCAGUGUUUAGCGGUGCCCGGAACGCUAUGGAAGUUCGCUGAAAGUUUGUGUACCUAGAUUUGGAGAAUGGCCGAACUUGUCGCUUGGUAACGUGACAUUACGACACGGAGCAAUGAAUAUAGUGCAGCGAGUGUUUACGUUCCUGACAUUUUUCGUGUGCUGCGGAUGUUUGGCAUUCUUAACGGUGUCUCUCGCAACUCAGGAAUGGGUCGAGGCCAAGCCAGUGAUGUUAGUCUACGUCACCAACGACUCCAUACCGCAAACUGAAGGGAAAUUCAAAGGGGAGGUUAGUUUCGGGCUCUUCCAUGGCAAAAAAAUACUCAAUUACGGUCUCGGUCCCCGCCACUCAACUUUCAGCAUUAAGGAAGAGAUGCAAAGGAAUCCGAGCCUGAUGAUCUUCGGUCUGUGGCUGGUCACGGUACUGGGCAUUUCGCUGGCGCUCAUCUUCGGCCUGGUGAGCUGCAUCUUCGCCGUCAUCAACUCCGUCAUGACACCUGUGGAGAGCAUCACCGGUCGGACGGGCCUGUACGUGUGGAACGCCGUCGGAGGCUUGCUGUGCCUGGCCGCCACGGUGGCCUGGCUGGUGCAGUUCUGGCUGCGGCUGCGGCACAAUGUGAUGAGCGCUGAGGAGCAGCAGGACAAGUGGACAUCGGACGGCCGGGCCACCUUGGGCUACAGCUUCUACCUGCUGCCUGUGGCCCUGGUGCUGUUUGUUACCAACCUGGGCCUCCUGCUGCUGGCCAGCUGGCAGCCCUGGGUGUGGCGCCGCACACGCCCACCCCUGGGCCCCAAGAACGCCGAGGGGGCCAUCAUGCUCUACUAGCCUCUCGGGCACCCCGGUUGUGUGGCUCGCAAGAGGUGCCUCGCACUUUGGAAACACACGGAAUCUCAACAAGGAGAGUUCUCACCCGCAACCACUGCUCGCUGUUGCCCUCUCCGCAUGACUGUCCACUCGUCUCGAGAGAGUGCCAUUUUUCUUUGUCGUCGACAAUGUCGGGGUUAGCUCGUUUUGUGAGGUGGGGGAGUUAACUGAACAAAGGAAUGAGCAUUCCCGUCAUCCGGUUAAUGUCUGGCAGCACGCACACCUGGAUGUCCGUAGAGAGUGAAAAGAAAUGCAGCUGUUAAUGACCGCUGGACCCACUGUUCUGACGUAUUUUUAGCGUCUAAGCUCACACAUUCCCCCGGCUGCGUUUUAUUCGGGUAGGUCACGGGUCAUUUGGACUUGCCUCGACAGUCCGCCAGUACCAACUUCCCUCACCUUGCAGAAGGGGUCGGCCCUGAAGGCGUCAGCGGUGAGAAGGCCGGCUGCCACUGUGAUGUUCCUCCGAGAUCAGCAGAGGAUAAUAUGGACCAACCAGCUAUGAGGGUGGCAGUAUGUGCUCGAGGGUAGAGCACUGCACCGUCCCGGGCCAGCCCAAGCCAGGCCCACAGGUUGGGCUGGGGCCGGAUAGCACGCAUUUUCUCGGGUCCGGGCCGUACUCUGGCUUGAACAAAACAUUUUUCGGGCCGUGCCUGGGCAGUCGUGUGCCACAAGGUCUAAAUUGUUGAUGAAAAAAAGUGUGCUCAUUCAUCUUUUAAGACGUCUUGCACUUGGAAAGCCUUAAAGUGCAAAAAAGAAAACUUAUGAACUCCACCAGCAUAGUGGGAGAGAGUGCUCUUUAUGCUAACAAUUUUUAGGUUAAAACCUGCAAACUGUUUCGGGCUCAUGUUUAUAAUCUCUGGCCGGGUUCAGGCUCAUAUUUUAAAAAUUUUGUCGGGCUCGAGCCGGUCCGGGCUGUAUCUCUACCGGGCCGGGCCAGGCCUAGAAAUGAAAUAUUCUGUCAAGCUCUGGUCGGGCCCGGGCUGCGUCUCUACCAAGCUGGGCCUAGAAAUUCUGGCCCGUGCUGUGCUCCACUCGAGGCGAUGAGAGUGACUGUAUAUGCUCUAGACUAUGAGGGUGACAGCACAUGCUAUUCUGUUUCGCGAAAUUAAAUUGUUCAUUACACUAGUUGGUCCACAGCGCAAGUUUAGACCCACCAAAAAGCUACUGAAAGGUUGAAUACAAGACCCGCACUUUAAUUCAUACUCAAAAGUAACACCAAUUUCGGUGCUCCCAUUCAUUAUGUAAAUGCAAAUAUUUCUUAUCAAGAGAUCAGAGGAGAUGCCUCCCCCGUGUUCCCUCCCCUCUUGACCCACUUAUAUAUGCUGCUUAUAUUUCUCAUGCGGCUUUAUCGUGAUGUUCUGCCAAAAUCCCUUUGAACUUUAGGAUGCAGGGACAUACACCUGUUGCAGUCUACUGCCAAGUAUCCCGAAAGGAUCGGCCCAGUUGUGUCCUUGUGUGCGGUCACUGAUACACGGACUGCUUUUGCCAGAAUUUAUGUAGGCUGCUUUGGCCUACAUCAGUGUGUGUGACGGAUAUCGUAGAUGAUGCUCGUGCUGCAUCCCACAAUUUUGUACACUUUUUGUUUGUUUUCUGUUUCAAAUGUCCUUUUAAAACCAAAAUCUUUUUUUAUUAUUAUUAGCCAGGCAGCUUUUUUUAAAGUUGUGAAAAUAACUGGAGUGUUGUGUGGCACAACCUCUUCUUUUUAGAUUCUGUAAAACCGCAGCAUGCAAGGUUUAGUUGCAGUGUUUAAAUUGUUUGCAAGCAUUCGUCUCUGUGCUUCUCUUUCAAGCACCUCAACUAAAGUUCGUAGGAAAUUGGCCUUCUUUUUUUUUUUUUUUUUUCAGCCACACCACAUGCUGUCAAGAUCCCCUUCUUUUUGCACGUCUUAUCUCUUAUGCUUCAGUUUUGUGCCAAUUUUUCCGUGCCGGCAGCACCCCACCCUUGGAUCUGCUAUCAAUUUCAUGUUGGCAAGACAUUUUGAGCGAGGAAUAGCCACAUCGAGCUCUGGAGCCUCCUUGAGAAGGAAUUUUGCAUGUUUCGGUGUAGAAUUUUGAGUGCACAAUUUUUUAAAUCAACCUUUCAGUUGCAAGUGUGCCUUUUCCUUCUUGUACUUGCUCUUUCCUCAACUAAACCCCAAUAACAAAUUUGAAAGAAUUUGGACAGUUGUGGGUUAGCUGAAUUGCCGAGUGUUGUUGACCGGCUCAGGUAAAAUCCUGUUGAUUGCAGUGAUGCUGAACGAGUUAGUAAUGCAUCUGAAAGCAAACUCCGUCCAUCUUCUAUCUUCAUGGCCACUCCUGGUUCUCUGUGGACUGGUAACAUUAGGGAGUUUUCGUAGACCGAGUUUCCUCCUCUGCUAAGCCCUCCACAACAAAGAAGCCACUACUGCACCUGCGUGUCGAUGGUCUUGGUUGUAGAGUUGCAAAUGUCGUAGCGGGUUUCGGAGAGUGUUGCGGGACGGUGAAAAUCUAUGAAAACUCCUCAUUAUAAUACUAUAACUUGCACGAAAGAUUCUGAGUGGAAGAAUUUAUAGAAACUGGUUUCUACUGCUAGAAGUUGAUACUCAACCUGCUGUGGUGCAAAUCGGGCAAAGAACAAAGCUGCUCUGCACCUGGCUGAUGAGGUUCACCCAUUGUGUCAUUGUUGAGCUUCGGAAUGUCACUCUUAUUGAUGGCCCGUGUCACUUCACAAGCACUCUGGCACAUGGAAGCCCGAUAAAAGACCUGUUUGAAUGUAAUGUGAAACAUACAGUGGCCUUGAAAAAAAAAAGGCCAAAAGAACAAUUGCCCAGACUUCAUUGUUGCAGCUGGAUAACUACCUCCGCUUUAAAAUAAACAGAAUUUACAACAA